AUGACGCCAAAUGACGUCAUCGUUCUACUAACGAUGAGGGCUAUCCGUCUGGCAAAUUCGAAAUUUUACUCUGAAUCACAUCGUGCUCCGGCGCGUCGUCCCGUUCUCAUAAUCGUCGGAAGCUCUUACAAAAGCGGCGGAUACAACGACCCCACGCAAGCAGCUGGCGAAUUCCGUGAAGAUGGAGGCACAAUCAUCACCAUCGGUAGCGCUAAGGCGCUCCUCAAGGCUGUGCUGUACCUUCAGGGGGACAAAGCGAUGCUUCAAACUGAAGGGCUCCGUCGCGCGGAGCUUAUCUUAUGCACCGAUGAUAGAAGUGCGAAACAACGACUGCUCGCUUCUUGCAAACGUAUGCUCACUAGAAAUCUUAACAAGAUAGAUACGCUCAUUACUCGCUUCAAAAAUGAGCAACUUGAAAAUGUUAAGUGGGAAGAGGAGGAAAUUUCCCCAUGCUUCGCUACAAAUAGUCGUAGAAGGUUAGAGGAGGGAUUAGGGGCGCUUGAGGCCUACAUAUCCAAAAUCGAAACUCUUCUUCAUGACUAUACUUCUUUGAUGGAGGAAACAGAAGCACCUUCGGAGAAGGAGUCCAAAGACUUCGAAGACUAUUCGGCUAAAGCGGAAUUGAUUCUGGGUAAUGCCAUGGAUUACACAGUACUGCUACAGGCGAGACUACGGGCCUUGAAAGGCGACAUACUCGCACAGCAUCACUCGGUCGGAAGUCGUCCGGAGCCAGCUGACCAAAGGAUAUUACUAGAACAACUUCAAGUCAUUACGGAACAACUCCAAAUGAAAGGUGAGUACGUCGAUAGCCAGUGGUUCGUCAAGCAAGUAUUGACCAAGUUCACUGUCGACGUACAGCGCAAAGUAUUAGAGAGGAAGCAAAUCUCUAGAGGAGAUAGGAUUCUCGACAUGGAAACGUUAUACAGGCUUUUGGAUGAAGUAAUAGCCAAUGAAGAAACAGUGGCGUUAUACACCAAGAAAGCGGUACAACCUUCAGAAUCACGUUCGGAGAGAAAACCGAAGCUGUUGGUCUUGAAUUCGCGUGUCUCGUGCAUGUACUGUGCUGGCGAUCACAAGUCAUCAGCACAACAGGAACCUCGCAAUAGCAAAGGAGUGGUCGCCAACGCUGGAAAAAGGGUACCCGGGUUAGCAGCAACCAAAAAAGUAAACCAUUUCGUGGAAGAGAAGUUAGAUCAAGAAGAGACCUCAGUUUUAGAAUUACAAUCUAGUCAAGAAAGCUUGAAUGCGCAAGAACGAAGGACCAGUAAGGUGUUGUUAGAGGUUUGGGAUAACGAGGGAAAGCCCCUUACGCUGACAUUACUUACAAGCGAGGUUCUGACAAGAGCAUGUUCACCACCUCCAUUGCUAGAAGAGGACCUGGAAUUUAUCAGCUCGUCGGGCAUUGAGGUCAAUCUGAAGCAGAACGGCGCUAACCCUACAGUCCCCCAAGUUCUCUUAGGAUGUGAUCAGUUGUGGCCAUUAAUGUGCGAAAGAGAACAGCAUAUCCAGCUACCAUCUGGACUUCACAUUGUUGCUACUCGGCUAGGGCACUUACUGAGUGGACAAAUACAGUCAACGAGACAAUCGCAGCAGAAACAACGGAAAAAUCCAAUCGAAGAUUGGGAAGCGGUAAGCUCAGUCAGCACACAGAGGUUCCCCUUCAAUGUAAUCAAAAGAAUCGUUGCACGUGUGAUUCGCUUUAUCAGGAUUCUAGCAAUGCGCGUAAGCCAACGACACAGAACCCCUAUGAAGCUCUCGGUCAUAUUCUGUGAACUUGCCCCGAACACAACCCUUGCGGAGCGUUCCGAAGCUAGUGAGUCACGUUAUCAUUUCAGACCUCGGAGACCGGUCAAUUACAGAGAAGCAGACGUAUCACACUCGUAUGUUGGCUCGCUUAUGAUUACUACUAUGGUGGCGCUAUCGAUGGUAAGUAGUAAUGUGGCUGCGGAUAAAGACACCACUCACUUUCCUAACUCAAGCACGCAUUUUGUUCGAUGUUUACAAGGUGGAGUUGAACUUUUUUCUCCAGACCAAGUUCCCUACGAAGUUUGUGCAGAAGAUUUUUGCACAGCUAUUUGGAAUCCUCGGGUGGAAGAAAAGGUCAAGUUUCCCGCAGCUGUCGCCUUGCAAGAACACACGGUUCAGUGGAAAUUCCUUCAAGGCUCAUCAAUCACGGUUAUAGAAACUAUAUGCCCACCUGCACCAUUUUGUGAAAACGUAGACUGCACCUUUUGCGCUGCUCUACUCUUCAACCCAGAUUGUUGGCCGAUGGGAGCAAUCAUGGUAGCCACACUGAUGAGUUAUUUCCUCAUAACAGGUUGUUAUGUCUUCCUUUAUGUACCAGUCAUAAUGGGACGCCCCUUCCGCAUUUUGUCAUGUGGGCUAAUCAGUAUAGUACGAGGUAUCAUCAAAGGAUUCAUCAGACUAUUCAACCGGAAAGGAGACGGCUGGGCUGGAAAAGGGAAAACGGACAUAUCACUGUUAUUAGCGAUACUUGGGCUAAUAAUAACACCAACAAUAGAAUGUUGUCAGCUCGUGAACGUAUUCCCUCACCAAUCCGAGGUCUGCAGGGAAAGCCAAGGGAAGCAGGGCUGUGCGAUUCAGUUGUCUGAGGUAUUGAAAAUUAACCCGUUUAAAAGGGAAGCGUGUUUAGAGCUUAUGCGCAAUGGAACAGCGGUCCAUCGAAUUCGCGUUUCUUGGAUGAAUCUGCGCUUGAUAUGUGAGCGCGAAACGGAACUAUUCACGCGAGAUACGGUAACUCAUAUCGAUGCCUCUAGACAGCGGACGAACUCUUUUGUUGUAGACGUGAAACCAAACAUACCCAUCAAAUUGGACGCCAUUACGCUUACAUUGAGUUCAGUUACUAUACCGCCAAUACCACUUUUAAGCACACGAUUCAUUUCGGAUGGUACAAGUAUGGCAUUAUGGAAUCCUAGUACGAUCCCACCUCUGCAGUGCGACAGCGAAGUGGCAGCCCAGGACCUCUCAUGUGAUGUAGUGGAAGAUUGCGCUUGCUAUCCGGCUGAGACAAAAGCCAAUUGUAGGUGCAAAAAUGUCAAUAUUUCAGAGUGGUUCCAGAAGGUAGAAAAUCAUUUGCCCAUAAUACUCCCUGCUCUGAGUUUCAGAAGAAACAACAAGGAAUUGCAAGCCCUUGUGUCAACAAUGACUACAGCAGAGAUCAUCCUUAACAUACAAGAUCAACUGCAAACAAGGCUUUCGGUGCAGGAGAUGUUGUGCACCGGAGACAGUAGAGAAAUCUCAGAUUUUCAUUGGCCAGAUUUUCUCCACAUCGCUGGCGUAUUUUGGCAAUGGUACAAAACAUUGCUAUUAUCAGUCGGCCUCCUGUGCGCAUUACUAGCGAGCACAUACCUUUACAUCUCCACUUGUGGAUUGCGGUGCCUAUGGCUAGCCAUACGCUCAACAGCAAGGAGCAUGACUUCGGAAGCAGAAGGAGAUAUGACUCCUAUGGCGCUCUUAUAUGGGAACGGAUACCCCACGGAAGAUCAAUUGGAAACGGACCUAAUGAAUGUUCUGCAAGCUUUCCAUCAACAGAUUGAUGUGGCCGCAACGCUAACAUUGCAGUGGAAUCAUGUGUGUCAGUAUGGAAGUUUCAGCGACAUCCCCGUACAUCAAGUUAUUCAAGUCGGCGCCUAUUUGCGUAAUGCCAUGGUCACUAAAGAGAAACUGUUGCGCCUAGGAACUCGCUAUUUGUUAUCGGACUUGUUAUACGAUCGUACGUGGCUAGAAAACAGACUUCCAUAUGACGUGCGUGGAACCGAGGUAAUGCUGAUGAUGGACAGGCAGGCGAUAUCGCUCAGCAAGAGCAUCGCAGAGAUGGAGUUGUGGAUGAGAGAAACAGAGCAACGAGCUAUUGCGAAUGGAAAUGAAAGUUUGCUGACGCGCGCCUCAGUGAUUGAGAUAGUGCAGGAAGAACUGAGAAGAAGAGAAUCGAACAAUGAUUCAAAUGCCACUCUCAAGGAGCUUAAAGAGAAGUUAAGAAGACAGGAGAUCGAAAUGGUCCAGCUGAUUGAAAAAAUCGAUGCUAUGGAACAAGCUCAGCAACCCGCAGAUGUGCCAAAGAGAAAACUUAUUGUUGAAGAAGAGGAUGGAUCAAAGGUUUUGCAAGUUCAGGUUGACAACAACACUGAAGAGGGCGCUCUAAAUCAAGAUUCUCUAGAAGAAACCGAUGACUGCGAAUAUUUUCUGAGGAUGCUACAAGAAGUGGCAGACGGAAGCCCCUCACCCCCACCGCCGAGCGAAAACACACUGCCGAACGAAAACACGCCUACGAAAAAGACAAAGCACAACGAUGAAAAGGAUUCAGAGGAAGAAGAAGCGCUGAGAUGGAAGCUCGAGCGUAUGCUCAACGACAUCAAAUACUACCCAAGUAGACGUUUGGGUGAAUGGUCGUACGGAAUAGACCCAUGGAUUAGAUGUGCAUUUUGCGAUGCGGUAGCUAAACAUUUUAGCGAUUCUUGCCCCCAUGUUUCACGCGGAAAAGACAGACUACGCAUUCUCCAGCGAAAAGGGCUUUGCACGCAUUGUUUGCAAUUCUGCACAAAUAGUUAUGAAUGCCGAUCGCAUAGUAGACCUUGUUGGUACUGCCAAAAGAUCAAGGGAAACAGUUUCUGGGAGAUGCUACCGAGUGACGAGGAUGGCUUUCAACUUGAAAAUGUUAAGUGGGAAGAGGAGGAAAUUUCCCCAUGCUUCGCUACAAAUAGUCGUAGAAGGUUAGAGGAGGGAUUAGGGGCGCUUGAGGCCUACAUAUCCAAAAUCGAAACUCUUCUUCAUGACUAUACUUCUUUGAUGGAGGAAACAGAAGCACCUUCGGAGAAGGAGUCCAAAGACUUCGAAGACUAUUCGGCUAAAGCGGAAUUGAUUCUGGAGAUAGAUCAAGGACAAUUUUGA